AGCGAGACUGUGGCACACGAGCAAGUCAUAUUUUAGUCUCCAUCUCAGGUUUGAGCUCAGAGCAGACGGCAGAUUUUUGGGUCCAGACGAUGAUGAUGACGAUGAUGUUGGUGUAUAUGAAAUUGGUGUCAAUACAUUUGUCUUGCUAGGUUUUUCUUCAUGUUGGGAUGCCAACGAUCUUCUUGAUUUCAAGAGGUUUCGGAACCAACCUGAAACGAGAAAGACUAACUGCAUAUUACUAACUUAAUUACACUUUUCUAAACACAAAACACAACACAAAACAAAAUCCGCUCUCUGCGUUAUCUGUUAAACAUCAGCAGUAGAUAAUAACAAUGAGCUAGUAGCUAAAGUGGCUACAGUAAAAUUAUUCUUUGUUUUUGCUGGAAAUUAAAUUGAAAAACCAACCACUAUCAUGCUUUAUGACAAGUUAACAAAGGAAAGCUGGUUAAAAGAUAAUGACCAAAUACAUUUGAACAAAAUAACCCGAUGGUGAAAUCACACAAGGGCAAAUGUCUGAUACGUGGGGGCAUGUCUGAAACCCCAACUUACCAUGCAUGUUGUUAACAUUGUCAUGCCUCUUCAACUUCUCUCCAAAAUCCUUCUGGCAAAAAAAAUUAAAUAAAUCAUAAAACGUGGUAGCUGAACUAAGAACUGUGCAACAGUCUGCCCUAACUGAAAGUAUCAAAGACGAAGUGAAAAGUCUAUCGAGUGUCAGUGACCUCACCAGAAAAAAUAAGGAAGGAACUCUGCUUGAUUUCACAUGCAAAGUUACUCAUUCGUCACAGUUUAUGGUACAAGCAGUUAACCCUUUGUCAAUUAAAUAAAUAAACCUUAAUACCCGAGUCCUGGUGUUUCUCAAUAAAAAGGACAUUCAAAGCCUUGAACACUGCUGCUUUCUUAUCUGGAUGGAAUUAUGACUGAAGCUAAUAGCUUAACAGCAAGUCAGACCUGCAUCUUGUGCACAUCUGGACGUUUUCUACCUGUGUAAGAUGAGGUAAGCAGCAUUACUGUCAAACAGAGGAAGUGAAGAGGAGCCAGCUGGAGAACUAUUAUAAUUGGAUCUACAUUUAUUCAUUGUGUGAUGUCACAAUAAUGCAUUUUAAUUUUCUCACCUGAUGCCAGUAAGCCCUUUAAAAAACAACAUAGGCAAUUCAUUUCUUUAAGGACUUUUCUGAUCUUGUUCCUUUUUUUUAAAUAUUCUCUACAAAGAGAAAACUGUAUUAAAAAGUGUGGAUUAUACACCAGAGUUUUAUCAGUUAGUUUAAUCUAUGCAUUAUAUAUGCAUUAGGAAAACUCUUCUAUAUGAUUUUAUGUUAUGUAAUGUUAAAUCUUAUCUCAUUUUAAUUCAGCUGAAAGUUUGAGUUUCUCAAUACUCUCACUUUAUUCUCAUAGUACAAUGGAAAAAAUAAAAAGACCGAAAACAUUUUAUAAAGCUUGAGGAUCUAUUUUAACAAAAUAAAAGAAAGACAAUAAUUUAAUUUAAGAAAAGCUUCAGGAAUCUUUAAUAACUAAAUAAACGACUGACAAAAAUAUUCAUAAAAAAGCGUUUGAAUCUGUUAUAACAAAAUAAAGGACCGACAAAAAAAGUAAAGCUUUAAAAUCAGGAAAGACUUGCAAAAAAAUAAAAUAAGGUAUUAGAAUCAAACGGCGCAAGCGCAAACCUGAGAAAAACUAUCCCCGGAAGUGUGCGUCACUUCCUGGCUCUGCGUCUGACGUGUCUAAAACAGCGUUGCACUGGUGGUGGAUUUUAUCAUCUUUUAAGAAUUACCUGAUACGUGGGGGCAAGAUGCUGGACUUCUUCACCAUCUUCAGCAAAGGGGGGAUAGUGCUGUGGUGUUUCCAGGGAGCCGGGGUCAGUGAGUCCUUCGCGGGGCCCGUCAACGCGUUGAUCCGCUCCGUCAUCCUCCAGGAGCGAAGUGGGAAUAAUUCCUACUCUCACGAGGCCCUGAGUCUUAAAUACAAGCUCGACAAUGAGUUUGAGCUCAUAUUUGUGGUGGGUUUUCAAAAGAUCCUGACGCUGACGUAUGUGGACAAGUUCAUAGAUGAUGUUCAGCUUCAUUUUAGAGAUCGUUAUAAGAAUGAGCUGGAGCAGAAGGGUGCACUGAAGCUCCUUAACAAUAACUUUGAGUUCGAAGACGACUUCACGAUGCUUCUAAGAGAGGCGGAAGAGAGUAGCAAAGCUCGGAGCCACGUCGCCAUGCGGUCCUUCAAGGAGUCCGAGAAAUCCCAAAAAACUGUGAAGUCCAUGAUUGAGACGAAGGGUGUGGACAAAAGCAAGGAACAGGGUGGCAAGAAGAAUAAAAAUACCAAAAAGGAGGCUCCUGCAGCUGAUUCUGCCAAAGGUGACAAGGGCAAGGUCACAUCCUCUGGGCAGAAGACGGUUGAGAAUGGGAACCAGGGCUUGACUCCUGAGGAGGACAUGCAGAAGAAGAGAGAGGAAUUCUUUCGCAAACGCAUUGUGGGAACUGCUGAAAAACCCAUCAGUAGCACUAAGUCUCCAAAGCCCCAGAAACCAAGAGAGAAACGAAUGCGUGUUUGGGACAUGGGAGGCAACAGCACCAAGGAGCUCGACUACAGCAAGAGUAAAGGAGAGGGCUCCACUAACGGUGACGACCAGAGUCUGGAAACCAAAAUGGACCCAGGAAUGCAGGUGAGCUCCAUGGAGGGAGAGCUGCCGCCUGUGGACUACGAGUCCAGUGACGAAGGGGAGAUUGAGGAAGAGGAUGAGAGAGUGGUUGUCAGUGGAACAAGCAAGACAAGCUCCAAAAAGGGUGGCAGCUUUGGGGGCAUGUUUGGGAUGCUGAAGGGCCUGGUGGGCUCCAAGAGCCUGAGCAGUGAUGACAUGGAGCCAGUGCUGGAGAAGAUGAAGGAGCACCUCAUCACAAAGAAUGUAGCAGCCGACAUUGCCUCCAAGCUCUGUGACUCUGUAGCCAAAAAACUGGAGGGGAAAGUCAUGGGCACAUUCACCACUGUGGCCUCUACAGUAAAGCAGGCCCUACAGGACUCGCUGGUGCAGAUCCUGCAGCCCAAGCGAAGGGUGGAUAUUCUGAGAGAUGUCAUGGAUGCGCAGAGCCAGCGAAGGCCCUUUGUCAUCACAUUUUGUGGCGUCAAUGGGGUCGGAAAGUCCACCAACCUGGCCAAGAUCUCCUUCUGGCUGAUCGAGAACGGUUUCACAGUGCUGAUCGCAGCCUGUGACACUUUUCGUGCCGGUGCAGUGGAGCAGCUCCGCACUCAUGAGAGGCGCCUGAACUCUCUGCAUCCACAGGAGCAGCAUGGGGGAAGGCCCGUAGUUCAGCUCUAUGAGAAGGGCUACGGCAAGGAUGCGGCUGGAAUUGCCAUGGAAGCCAUUGCCUAUGCUCGCAACCAGGUCUUUGACGUUGUGCUGGUGGACACUGCUGGGCGUAUGCAGGACAACGCCCCCCUAAUGACAGCCCUGGCCAAACUCAUCGCAGUCAACAUGCCUGACCUGGUGCUGUUUGUUGGGGAGGCUCUGGUGGGCAACGAGGCGGUCGACCAGCUGGUGAAGUUCAACCAGGCUCUGGCCGACCACUCCAUGUCUGACAGGCCUCGGCUCAUUGAUGGAAUUGUUCUCACAAAGUUUGACACCAUUGAUGACAAGGUGGGUGCCGCCAUCUCCAUGACGUACAUCACGGGCCAGCCCAUUGUGUUUGUGGGCACGGGGCAGACCUACAGCGACCUGCGCAGCCUCAAUGCCCGGGCUGUGGUCAGUGCCCUGAUGAAGGCUUAAGCGGCCGUAUGUGCCGCUGUAAGUUCAUCGUCUCAAACAAUGUUGUCACACUGCCGUGAGAUGUUCCAGCCCUGCAAGCCCUCGUCUCUCAUCCUCCUGCUCUACUUCGCAUCCAAUGAAGAACUCUCGUCACGAAUAGGACUUCUAUCCUCCCAGUAAAGGACAAGUGAGCACUUUGACCAAAGUGGUCAUUUUGCAAAUCAUUAAUUCUAAACUUUUGGGCCAAAUUGAGAAGUACCUCCAUCGAUGAAGUCGCAUCCAAAUGACAUUUUGGCUACAUGGAUCUAGGCUGUAAAUGUCAUUAGUUUACUGGUUCACUCAGUAAAAGUCUUUGACAAUAAAGUCCACACCUGGCAUUUUGUCAGUCACUUUUCCCCCUCCUUGUGUAAAUGAGGUCAGGUCAUGAAGGCUGGCUGGAUGUGAUAUUACAGCAGCUGCCGGUGCCUGAGGAAAGCUUAGUGACCAUAGUGCCUAUCUGUCUCCUGUCCUACAAGUUAACACUGUCACUACAUAGAUGUUUUUUCCAUCAAGAGUACCCUGACAGUUCAGGUAUGAAACCACUCCUCAUCCAGUGAAGGUGUAUGAAUCAAGCUACAUUCACACAAACACGGCACUUCUGCUAUGGAAUUCAGAGCCCUUAAAAAUACAGAAGUUUGGGUACGCUGUAGUCCCUGUUUUAUUUUGGAAAACUCAGUGACUACAGUAUAGUCUGGACUGGCAGAAACAAAGAAGUUUGGAAACGAUGAAGUAGACACUCAACAGCUUGCAGAUUGAGUCUGUUAGCGAGUAAUGCUCUCAAUACCGCUCCGCUGUAUUUGUUUUGCCAUGACUCCCAGUCUUGUGUUUGUCUGCUUCCAUGGUUGCUUAAUACUCCAGUAGCAGUUCCACCUCAUUGUCUUUCUAUUAACAAAAGAAAUCCCUGCUCUUACUUAUACCUAUUGCUGCAUCAUGUGUGUUAGCUCUUUCUGCAACUAACAACUACCUGCAGAGUAAACUUAUCUGCUUCCUGUGCACACAAGCAUUUGGUGAUAUGCGUUUUGGGGUAUUAGUUUGGAGAGGGACUAAAACUGAUGCAUAGCCCAAAGGCCGGUGUCAAUGGAGAUUGCUUUUGUUUUAUAAUGGCAUUUUAAAACGUAGUAGUGUGGAUGAAGCCUGUUUACAGGUCAGCCAUAGAAUCCAUCAAGUCCGUGGAUGUUGUAAUUCUGUUAAAAAAAAGGUAGAGACCAGAUGCAAGACUAAACCUCAGUAGUUUACAUACAGCUAAACAUACUAACAACUGUGGUACUAGUUUCAGAUGGAUUAUCUCCCAGAGCUCCUCACCUACAUAACACAUUUUCAUCACAAAAUGGACAAAUUGAUCCCCUGGUUUUAAGAGGAAAAAAAUACUCCCUCAGUUUCAUUUAAAAAACUUUUUAGUUCUUACCAGUCAGAUCUGAGAAUCCUUGGCCUUUAUAUUUGUUUUCACUCAUGAUUUAUAUGAAGAAAUGUACGUUUCAAUUAUCUCGACUCCCCCCCUUUAAUUAACGGUAGAGCAAUAUCAGAGAGUCAGAAGAUUUGAGCUAAUUUAUGAGAAUGUAAACAUUUCUAAAUAAAGCUGCUAUGCUACGACGGGCUGUAAAGUGGAA